AUGUCAAUCUACCACUACUGUCGUCCAACUCAACAUUCGAUUUUCAAUGAAUUGAUGAAAGAUUUUGGGAGAAUGGAUCGUCAUCUUGUGCCCCGUGGAGAAGGAAAGACGUCUUCUGAGAUCAUCAAUACAGAUGAGAAAUUCGCUGUCAACUUGAAUGUUUCUCAAUUCAAACCAGACGAUUUGAAGAUCAAUUUGGAUGGAAGAAAUCUGACGAUUCAAGGAGAGCAAGAAGUCAAGAAUGAGCACGGAUACUCGAAGAAGUCGUUCUCUCGUGUGAUUCUUCUCCCAGAAGACGUCGAUUUCUCAGCAGUUUCGUCAAACUUGUCGGAAGAUGGAAAACUGUCGAUCGAGGCACCAAAGAAAGAAACAAUUCAAGGAAGAUCCAUUCCAAUUCAACAGGCUACGACAGAGCAGAAACCGUCUGAAUAA